AAAAAUAUUUCUUUCAAAAAUUUCUUAUGUUUAUUAAUAAAUUUCUUACUUAUAAAAAAAAAAAAAAAAGUACUGUGAAAAGACUGAACCAAGGAUAGCAUAACACUACAUAUAUCAACUAGUCAGAUUUUCUUGAUUGUUUUUUCCAUUCUAAUACUUGCUUAAGCUAGAUAUGUAGAUACAUGAACUUACGUCCAAAUAAACAGUGAUUGAUUCUAGAUAUGGGGUACUUGGGGGGAGGGUGCGUUCUUUGGUGGCACAAGCAGCCUAUGGGGUGGGGCUGUGGAAGAAGAUUAGACAGGGACGGGGUAUUUUCUCGUUAUAUUUGUGGUGGGGAUGGAUCCAGGGUCAGAUUCUGGCGUGACGCUUGGUGUGGUGAUAGGGCCCUCAAGGACACCUUUUCUACUAUCUAUAAGAUUGCAGGUGGCCAAGAGGCGUCAAUGGUCGAGUUAUUCGAGAUUUCGGUGAUUCUCUUCAGUAGAAUGUCAAUUUCCUUAAGGCGGCCCAUGAUUGGGAGGAUUGUGAUCAUUUUUCUUGGAAGAGCAUUUGGAGGACUAAGGUGCCUUUAAAGGUAGCUUUCUUUGUACGCACAGCUUCCUUGAGAAAGUUUUAACUAUGGACUACCUAUGGAAACGUUGGGUCAUUGUUAUUAACUGGUAUAGCAUGUGUAGAAAAAGUGGUGAAAUGGUGGAUCAUUUGCUACUUUACUGUGAGGUUGCCAGGCCCAGUGGGAUGAGUUCUUUGGAAGAGUUGGUUUGCUUGGGUUAUGCCUGUGAAGGUACAGGUUGAGAAGUCUUCAUGGUAUUCUGCAAAUUGCAGCAAUUUGAAAGAUGGUUUCCAUAUGCCUUCCAUCGUGCAUUUGGAGGGAAAGAAACAACUAGAGCUUCAAAGAUACUAAGCACUCCAGUUGCCUAUAUACUUGGACUAUAUCUAUUCCCCUAUUAGUAUUCAGAAAAUUCUUACUUUUCAAAAAAGAAGUCCAAAAACAUAUACGGAAAAAUUCUUACAUUAUGAUGUGAAUUUAAUUAAACACAGGAGAUGAAAUUCCAAAUAAAACAGUGAAAUUUCUAGGAAUUAUACAGGCGUGUCAAAUGACAUGUGAUCUUGACAUGUAACUUAGGUAAACAACUCCAUCAAACAGCCCAAAUAUUUUCAUAAACUGACCUAAACAUUUAUAAUAAGAAAUGAUUAAAUUCUUGAUUUAGUGAAACUAAUUAGAGCAGCUGAAAUACAUUAAAAUGUAAAGAUUUAGGUAAAACUAGCAGACGUUUCAUAUGCAAGAAAUAUUUUCAUGUGAUUUAUUCUUCUCUUAAUGAUCCUGCAUUUUAUUCAGUUAUGGUUCUAAUGUCAGUUUAAGUUGGAGGAUACUAAUUAUCACCCAGUCCUAAUGCUGUUGUUAU